AUGAAUUGUUUUUUCUUGUUGUUUUUGUUGUUGGGGUGUUGUUUUAGCAGUUACACGAGAGAGCUGAAGAGAAACGCCAUUGUGGGGGGACGGAGUGGCAUGCAGUGUGGGAAAGUUUCUUCGUUGGCCCGAUCGAGUGGCGACGCGGAGGCUGGUGUCUCCACUGGGGAGCUUGUAUCGGUUCCCGUGAUAGAUCGCUCCCUUUCACGUGCAGCCGCGGUCUUUCCGGCGUCUUUUGCGUUGUCUUUCGUUGCUGAAAAUGAGACUACCGCUGCCGGAGUGAAUGACUCCGCGUUGCACGAUACAACUGUUUUUUCUGAUCUUAGUGACGAGAUACAGAGGGUUGAGGCUCGUCUGUCUGCCAUCCGGGAGGAAGAAGCUCGGUUGAUGCCCAAGCGAACAGUUCCUGCAGUGCCAGCUCGCGAGAGUGGUCGUUUUAGUUCAGCAUUAGAUCUCAAAACUGGAGAUUAUGCAGCCGAGCUGACCGCUUCGGGCAGUUAUCGUCCGAAUUCUCUUAGCAAUGCAGAUACUCUGUCAACAGAGCCAGAUGCCACCUUUUGUAGGAAUUCAUUUCCAACGGCUGCUGCAACGUCCACGAGUUCUUCAGGGCGACAAAGAAGUCCACUGCAUAGAACAAACGCCUCAUUAGCAUAUGCCAAUGAUUUAACGAACACUGUACCGGAAAAAAGGCAUUACGAUCCUCUGGAGUCUGCGCCAUCGUCAAUAGGAGGCAUGCGUGAUUCACGCGUAGAGUCUGUAAGGCCUCUAGUAGAGCCGCGAGACCCCGUCUAUUCUCUCGUAAACUUUCUUCGUCCGCUUCGCGUAGUUGACAUUGAAAUCGAUACGGGUGUCUAUGAGAAACUAGAAGUAUUUGCAGGUGAAGACAUGAAGGGGGUUGCACGGCGGUUUAUUGAAAAGCAUGGUCUGAAUAUGGAAAGGGCCUUUAGACCCCUUUACGCGUUUCUGUCGUCGUUGAAAAUUACUGAACUGCGAAAUUCUCCCCUAAAGUCCCCAAAAGAAAAAGUAUCUCCUCCACAGGGCUCCAAAACCGGCACUGCUACUGUCCCCAGUCAUUUUGGCCACUUCCCUUUUAAAGGAGACUCUGGCCGAGUGAAGCCCAGUUGCACGGAAACCCUGGGCCAUUCAUCUGAGGCCAAGAAGAAAAUUGCGGCAUGUGAAAGAGCACCAGGUCGUCAUACUUUUGAUCAUAUUCGUCAGCAUCCCACCAGAAGUGUCUCCCUGGACAAAACACGGAGGGCGGCUGCUGCAAAUGGCGUCUCACAGUUUGCGAAGCAAGCAUCAGAUCGCAUCGUGAGGGAGGGAAGGACAGCGAUUUCGGGCCGAUCCCAGAGGAAAAACACUUCUCCUCAACAAAAAACACACCGAACGAGCACGCCUUUGAAUGGUUUAAAGAGUCCACGGGCCGUCUGUCAGAUGGAUAAGACAAAAGAGUGCCGCCGUGGCAAUACUCCGACGUGGCUUAACGUGGAAGAUACCAACGUGGCACCCGCAAUUCCGGUCAAAAAUAAUAUUCCCCCGGAAGUGGUGGCGGUGGAGGUGGAAGUCAAUAGACCCACAAGGACAAUAACAAAUAGUACAGUAAAGGUACGGUCCCAAAAUGGUGUUUGCAACAAUUUCUAUUCACAAAGAAGUUCAUCCGAACUAUGUCGAGGUCUUGGCACGGCAAGGAGCCGUAAAUCUUCCACUCUUGAGGAGGAGCCCGUGCCUACCUUCAGGCCCUCUCUUGCUCCAAGAAGUAAAGAAUUGGUUGCGAAAAACCCGGAGCGUCUUCAAGGCCCCACCUAUGCACGUCUUCAUGCACACGCUCGAAGAUUUUCAAAAUCUUUUACGAAUGCGAAUGCAGAAUGCACUGGUAAGCCGAAAAUUCUUUCUCGCAAGCGUGAAAACAAUUCUCGGGUGCCGGUGGGACAGCGUCUUUACGAUCAGGCAGUAGAUCAACAACAUCGUAUGCAAGAAAGGCAAAUUAAAGAAAAACAACGGAAAGAUGACGAAGAACGAUUUGCCAUUGCUGGGCCUCAAAUUAACAAAAUUAGGCGACCGAGUUUGAAAGAGAGGGACUCGCAAUCAUCCACGUUUUGUGCCUUGCGAGCGCGCCCUUCAAACCAUUCGAGACAAAAUUCGUGUGUUUUGAAAUCCCAUGAAGAAAGAGAAUUAGAGGCAUGUACCUUUGUCCCGGCUGUUAACCCUGCAUCGGUUCGCAUAUUCAAUAUGGUUGUUCGUGGUCGGGAUUCGGAGGAGGAGUGGGGGGAAUGCGAAGGGAACUCUCAGGCGCAUUCGGUGAACCCUUUACCCAGUGGCGGUAGUCGAUCACAGAACAGUGAGGAUGUCCGAAGAACAUCUUCGGUUGCGGACCGUUUGUUGCGUCAUGAACAAAACCGUCGCAAACGGCUUGAAGAGGAGCGGUUGUUUAGAGAAAACUUCGAUUUGGCGACGGGUCGGCCACUCUUUCGGCCAUUUCUUGGACGUUAG